UGUCCAACCCAGGAACCAUCACAAGAAUUGAGAAAGAUGAUGACAAUAGGUUUAAAUAUAUGUUUCUGGCUUUUGGUUGCUCGUUGGAUGGAUGGAAACAUUGCAGACCUGUUGUAGUGGUUGACGGAACUUUUUUAAAAACAAAAUGUGGAGGAACGUUAUAUGCAGCUUGCGCUAAAGAUGGAAAUAACCAAAUCUUUCCUCUUGCCUUUGGAAUUGGAGACUCUGAGAAUGACAAAGCGUGGAAAUGGUUUUUCAAAAGGCUUAAAGAAGCAAUAGGUGAACGAGAAGAGAUGUGCAUAAUAUCUGAUAGGCACAUCAGCAUAAAGAACGCGAUUGCAGAAGUCUUUCCGGGGAAUAUACCAUGGGAUAUGUGCUUACCAUUUGAAGCAGAACUUAAGGAGUAGGUUUAGGGGUGUGCACGUGCAAGCC